AUGGGUGCCGUAGUAUCCUGCAUCAAGUCAAUCUUCCGCACCAUCGGAAACUGCAUCAUGGCCAUUGUCAACGCCAUCGCUGCUGGUCUUAAGGCGAUCAUCAACGCCAUCGUCUCGCUCUUCGGCAUCAUCAUCAGCUGCCUGACUUGCGGCCGUGGCGGCGGCGGACGUAGGAGGACAACGCACACGAGUAGAGUCUAG